UGGUUUCGUGCGGUCACACUUUCACCCUAUUUUCACGACUUGCGGUGUUUUUUUACAUUUAACGAAUUUGCGCUUUUAAAGCAAAACAAAACUUACAAAAUGGUUGCUGGCGGAGCUUCGGAUACGGGCGGUGUCAAGCCCAUGGCCAUCGCGGGUCGCAUGGUGCGCGAACGUGAGCGUCUGAUUGGAAUGACACCCGAGGAACGGGCCUGGCGUAAACAGUGGCUGAAGGACCAGGAGCUGCACCACGGCGCCCGCAAAGUGCCCGCCCUCGAGCUGGAGCUGAACAAUCCCAUCAAACGCUUCUACCGUGCCCCUCUGGACAAGCUCUGCAACGUUCUGACACCGGCCCUGGGCUUCCAGCGCGCCUACACGAUACGCUUCUGGACGGGCAAGGCUCUGAUGGCACUCACGGGCAUCUAUGCCACCGCCUACUACUUCAAGUACAAUCAAAAUGAUUGGACCCGCAAGGGUGGCUGGCGUGUGAUUUCAUCGCGCAAAUCCUGCGUUCCCGGCGACGAGGGCUAUCCCCGUGUGUCGGACCGAUCCGCGCCCGCUGACUAUGCGGCUCGCGGCUUCAAGGAGUCGCCUUUGUAAGCCGGAGAACGGUCUCUGGUGCUUGAAACGUUAAUUAAUGAUAGCAAAACAAAUAUCGCAAUAAACAUGGAAACAAAAUGUGAAAAA